AGCGGGCAGGGCCGGGCCUUCCCGGGCCCGGCCGCCCGCCGGCCCUGCCCCCCCCUCCUCCUCCUUUUCUUCCUCCUCGUCGUCCUCUAACACCGCCACCAUAGCUCCCUUGCCUCCCCGUUGCCGCCGCCCCCCAGCCGCCACCAUGCAGGAGCUCAUCGCCAGCGUGGAUCACAUCAAGUUCGACCUGGAGCUGGCCGUGGAGCAGCAGCUGGGGGCGCAGCCGCUGCCUUUCCCCGGCAUGGACAAAUCAGGUGCAGCUGUCUGUGAAUUUUUUUUAAAAGCAGCUUGUGGCAAAGGAGGGAUGUGCCCGUUCCGACACAUCAGUGGGGAAAAGACAGUGGUUUGCAAACACUGGCUACGGGGGCUGUGCAAAAAGGGAGACCAGUGUGAGUUCCUGCACGAGUAUGACAUGACCAAGAUGCCUGAGUGUUACUUCUACUCCAAAUUUGGGGAAUGCAGUAACAAAGAAUGCCCCUUCUUGCACAUUGACCCGGAGUCUAAGAUCAAAGACUGUCCCUGGUAUGACAGAGGCUUCUGCAAACAUGGUCCCCUCUGCAGACACCGGCACACUCGGAGAGUCAUUUGUGUGAAUUACCUCGUAGGAUUCUGCCCAGAGGGACCUACCUGUAAAUUCAUGCACCCCAGGUUUGAACUGCCAAUGGGAACCACAGAGCAACCACCACUGCCUCAGCCAACACAAACCCAGCAAAAGCUGGCAGAGCACCCACACAGACUUGAAGGAAAAUUGAGGACACCCCAGGUCAUUGGAGUCAUGCAGUCUCAAAAUAACAACACUGGAAACAGAGGACCCAGGCCACUGGAGCAGGUCACCUGCUACAAGUGUGGUGAAAAAGGUCAUUAUGCCAACAGAUGCACCAAAGGACACCUGGCCUUUCUCAGUGGACAGUGAGAGAGCAGAACGAAGAGUGCAGGGGAGCUGUUAGCACUGAGAAAAGGUUUCUGCCUAGCACCAUGUCUUGAACUAUUAAUCAGGUUGUUUUUUAAUGCCAUUACUGAAAGAACUGGUCAGAGGCUGGCUGCUGCUAAGCAACGUUUUUGUAAUUGUCCACAACUUUUUUUUUUUUUUUUGGUAUGUUUUAACCUUUUUAAAAAUAGAUUUUGGCCUCAGCCCCUUUUCAUUGAGCCCUGCCAGAAGGCAGAAUCUAAAAGCAAACAGCUCUGGAAUCCCCCCCCCACCACUGCAGCACUCUACAUAAAUGCAUCUUCUGCCACUGUUUCUUUGAAGUGUUUUCCUUCUGCCACUUCUCUUUGGAAAACCUGCAGCGUUUCAGCCCUCCCUGUGGGAAGCAGGAAGACUUGACUGGGAAAACUCAUCCUUGGGAUGCCUUCCUUUCAGGGAGGAAGCAGGGAUUCUGCUGUCCUGUAGCUCUUAAAAAGUCAGGUUGUGUCCCCAGCUCCAGCUUGCUGUAGUGGUCACACUGGUGGCUGAUUUGAGGUGUCGUGUACAUCAGGCUGUAGAACUCUUCAUCCACGUGUUUGUUUCUUUGCUUCUUGCUAUGCUGAGGGUCAGGAAUUCAUCUUCUGGGGCCAAGGGGAGAAUAAAUUGGCAUCUCUCUGCUUAGCUAAACCAUGAGGAGGAAGUGUUGUAGGAAAGCCACCUCUGUGCUUGUUUUUCCUUUUGCAAAAAGCCAGGAGGGAAAUGAACACAGCUUGAAAAGUAGGAGUAAAAGAGCCUUUUCUGAGCCCCCCUCACCCAGCUCACACUGAGCAGGUAUUUCCAUAGCCUGGAGAAGACCAAGGAGUGGAGGUGUAUAUUCUUGUGGAACACUGCUUUUAAAAGUGGUAGAGCACUCUUCUGAGAGCAAUUUUUGCCAGCCAAACCCUUUCAUUUUGUGAGAAGACUGUUUCAGAAGGGCCAAUGAUAAAAUGUGAAUUAAAAAAAAAAAAAUUUCACCUA